GCGGCGGCCUGCGGAGCUGGGGUUGGGAGGUCUCGCGCCUGGUCUGAGUGCAGUCGUGGAGCUCCCGAGGGCGGCCGGGGAGGCUCCUUUGGUGAUCAGUGGUACUGGGACGGCGGGGGAAGUAACCCGUCUUAGGAAAUCGAAACUGCUGUUCUGGCACGUCCUGCAUCCGGAAAGGGUGCAUCCCUGGGCUGCGGAUGCGCUUGGACUUUCCUAGGGGUGAGUGGUGGAAGCGCCAGGGCUUUAGCCAACGCACCCAAUGAGCGCGCAUUGUAGCCUCUGGGCCCCCAACAGCCCCGGCAUUCAGAAGAGGUGGCCAAGUUGGAGAAGCACUUGAUGCUUCUCCGACAAGAGUACGUCAAGCUGCAGAAGAAACUGGCAGAGACAGAGAAGAGAUGCACUCUUUUGGCUGCACAAGCUAACAAGGAAAGCAGCAACGAGUCCUUCAUCAGCCGCCUGCUGACGAUUGUGGCAGACCUCUAUGAGCAGGAGCAGUAUAGUGAUCUGAAGAUAAAGGUUGGGGGCAAGCACAUUAGUGCUCACAAGUUUGUCCUGGCAGCCCGCAGUGACAGCUGGAGUCUGGCCAACUUGUCUUCCACUGAGGAGCUGGACCUGUCAGAUGCUAACCCAGAGGUGACAAUGACAAUGCUUCGCUGGAUCUAUACAGAUGAGUUGGAGUUCAGAGAAGAUGAUGUGUUCCUGACUGAAUUGAUGAAACUAGCUAAUCGGUUUCAGCUACAUCUCCUUAGGGAGAGAUGUGAGAAAGGUGUUAUGUCUCUGGUAAAUGUCAGGAACUGUAUUCGUUUCUAUCAGACUGCGGAGGAACUAAAUGCCAGCACGCUGAUGAACUACUGUGCAGAAAUCAUUGCAAGCCAUUGGGAUGACUUACGAAAGGAGGACUUCAGCAGCAUGAGUGCUCAGUUGUUAUACAAAAUGUUCAAAUCAAAGACUGAGUACCCACUACAUAAAGCUAUCAAAGUGGAAAGAGAAGAUGUUGUCUUCCUCUUUCUAAUUGAAAUGGAUUCACAGCUCCCUGGGAAGCUGAAUGAAGUGGAUCAUAAUGGAGAUCUUGCCUUAGAUCUAGCGCUUUCUCGACGACUAGAGAGUAUUGCCACCACACUGGUUAAUCACAAAGCUGAUGUGGACAUGGUAGACAAGAAUGGCUGGAGCUUGUUACAUAAAGGAAUCCAAAGAGGAGAUCUGUUCGCUGCCACUUUCCUCAUUAAGAAUGGGGCCCUUGUUAAUGCUGCCACCUUGGGUGCCCAGGAGACACCGUUGCACCUUGUGGCAUUAUACAGUUCAAAGAAACACUCAGUAGAUGUGAUGUCUGAAAUGGCAAAGAUUGCAGAGGCCCUGCUACAGGCUGGUGCCAACCCUAACAUGCAAGACAGCAAGGGCAGGACUCCUUUACACUUGUCCAUCCUGGCCAGGAAUGAAUAUGUGUUCAAUCAGCUGCUGCAGUGUAAACAACUAGAUCUGGAACUGAAAGACCAUGAGGGCAGCACAGCUCUGUGGCUGGCAGUGCAGUACAUCACUGUGUCUUCUGACCAGUCCGUAAACCCCUUUGAAGACACACCUGUGGUAAAUGGAACUUCGUUUGAUGAAAACACCUUUGCAGCCAAACUCAUUCAGCGUGGCAGCAACACUGAUGCCCCUGACACGAUGACAGGAAAUUGCUUACUACAGCGGGCAGCUGGAGCAGGAAAUGAGGCAGCAGCUCUUUUCCUGGCAACCAAUGGUGCCCAUGUCAACCACAGAAACAAGUGGGGAGAAACUCCAUUGCACACAGCCUGUCGGCAUGGCCUGGCCAACCUCACUGCAGAGCUCCUGCAACAAGGUGCCAACCCAAACCUGCAGACGGAGGAAGCUCAGCCUUUGCCAAAGGAGGCUGCAACCCUGAUUGGCACCAUGGACAGUGUCUAUCUGCAGACACCACUGCAUAUGGCAAUUGCCUAUAAUCAUCCAGAUGUGGUGUCCAUCAUCCUGGAGCAGAAAGCCAAUGCUCUUCAUGCCACCAACAACUUGCAAAUCAUUCCAGACUUUAGCCUCAAGGAUUCCCGAGACCAGACUGUGCUGGGCCUGGCCUUAUGGACUGGCAUGCACACAAUUGCAGCCCAGCUUCUGGGCUCCGGAGCGUCCAUUAAUGACACCAUGUCAGAUGGACAGACCUUGCUGCACAUGGCCAUACAGCAUCAGGAUAGCAAGAGUGCACUCUUUCUCCUGGAGCAUCAGGCAGAUAUAAAUGUCAGCAGGACUCAGGAUGGGGAGACAGCCCUUCAGCUGGCCAUCAGAAAUCAGCUUCCGCUCGUAGUUGAUGCCAUAUGCACCCGAGGAGCAGACAUGUCUGUGCCGGAUGAGAAGGGGGAUCCCCCACUGUGGCUUGCGUUGGCAAAUAAUCUGGAGGACAUUGCAUCUACUUUGGUCAGACAUGGUUGUGAUGCCACAUGCUGGGGUCCCGGACCUAGUGGGUGCCUUCAGACACUCCUGCAUAGAGCCAUUGAUGAAAACAAUGAAGCCACUGCCUGCUUUCUUAUUCGCAGUGGCUGUGAUGUGAAUAGUCCCAGACAACCAGGUGCUAAUGGAGAAGGUGAGGAAGAGGCCAGAGAUGGACAGACCCCCUUGCAUUUGGCAGCCUCUUGGGGGCUAGAAGAGACGGUACAGUGUCUCCUGGAGUUUGGUGCCAGUGUAAAUGCCCAGGAUGCAGAAGGAAGAACACCUGUCCAUGUGGCCAUCAGCAACCAGCACAGUGUCAUCAUUCAGUUGUUGAUUUCUCACCCUGAUGUGCACUUGAAUGUACGAGACAGACAAGGGCUGACCCCCUUUGCCUGCGCCAUGACUUACAAGAACAACAAGGCAGCCGAGGCCAUUCUCAAACGAGAGUCGGGGGCGGCCGAGCAGGUGGAUAACAAGGGCCGGAAUUUUCUUCACGUGGCAGUUCAGAACUCUGAUAUUGAAAGUGUCCUGUUUCUGAUCAGUGUCCAGGCUAAUGUGAAUUCCAGAGUCCAGGAUGCUUCCAAGUUGACACCUUUACACCUGGCUGUCCAAGCGGGCUCAGAGAUUAUUGUCCGCAAUUUGCUUCUUGCAGGAGCCAAAGUGAAUGAAUUAACCAAGCACCGCCAGACUGCCCUACAUCUCGCUGCCCAGCAGGACCUGCCUACCAUCUGCUCAGUCCUCUUGGAGAACGGAGUGGAUUUUGCUGCUGUGGAUGAAAAUGGAAAUAACGCACUUCAUCUGGCUGUCAUGCAUGGUCGGCUCAACAACAUCCGGGCCCUCCUGACAGAGUGCACUGUGGAUGCCGAAGCCUUUAAUCUAAGAGGUCAGUCACCACUACACAUUUUGGGACAGUAUGGCAAAGAGAAUGCAGCAGCCAUCUUUGAUCUCUUCUUAGAGUGUAUGCCUGAGUACCCUCUAGAUAAACCAGACGCGGAAGGAAACACGGUGCUGCUCUUGGCGUACAUGAAAGGGAAUGCCAACUUGUGCCGCGCCAUCGUGCGAUCUGGGGCUCGUCUUGGGGUGAAUAAUAACCAAGGAGUCAACAUUUUCAACUAUCAGGUUGCUACUAAGCAACUUCUGUUUAGACUGUUAGAUAUGCUGUCCAAGGAACCUCCGUGGUGUGACGGCUCCAACUGUUAUGAGUGCACUGCCAAGUUUGGAGUCACAACUCGCAAACAUCACUGUCGUCACUGCGGACGUCUUCUCUGCCACAAAUGCUCGACCAAGGAGAUUCCUAUUAUAAAGUUUGAUCUGAACAAGCCUGUACGAGUUUGCAACAUUUGCUUUGACGUCCUGACUCUGGGUGGGGUCUCCUAGUGUGCACCCAGGAGGGUCCAGGCCACCAGCCUGCCCCACCCAGAGCAGGAGCUGGGGGUCAUCUUCCUGCAGCAAUAGACUGGGACAGUGAAGGACCACAGUGUGAUAGAUCCCAUUUCAAAUGAUUCCGUACAAUUGUCCGUGUGUCAGACUGUGAUCGAUUUCACUAGAUGUCUCACUAAUUGGAUCGGACCAUUUGGCUUCAGUGGUAAAUGUGAUAGGAAUUAGCCCCCAUUCUGCUGGCAGCAUAUAAGGACACUUCAAAACCAUUUUCCUUUCCAGUAGCUUAGUGUCCAUCUCAGAGCAUUCCUGAAGUCUUCCUGCCUGGACGGAGUCACUAGGCAGAGCCUGACAAAGUAGGAAGCUGGCAUCUGGCUGCUCAGUGAGAGCUGCCUUUACCCUCAGGCGAGUGGCUGUGGACUUUCCUGUACAGCAUUUUCAUAAAGUAAAUAGGAUCCUCUUGCCCUGAAGUCUUUUUUUUAAAGUUAGCUGUAUUUUUAGCAAGCUACCCCUUUACAAAAGGUGAAAUCUUUCUAAGCAGGGUUCAGAGAUGAGAGCUGAAAAAUUGUGGCCUUAACAACUGAAAGCUUUACAAGUGUUCAUGCUCCCAAGGUGUCAGGAGUGCAGUUUGGCAGCUUGACACCCCCUUGGCAGCGUCUCAUCCUCUCAUCUUGCUGUGUCCUGUCUGAGUCCUCAGUCACUUUGCCCUCAAGCGUGCUGGAGGAAAUGCACUUUUAUUGUGCUACACUUUUAUAUAGCUGUGUUAUUGGUGAUUCCAAUUUAAAAACAUAUUCAAAAGUACCCUCACACAUCCUUCCAUCAGUGAUUCUAAUUAUCAGCUUUGACUGAACCUCAGCUCACACUGAGGUAAAGGAAAAACUCCUGCAGAAUGUCACUUGGAACAAGAGAUUUACACAGGCCAAGUGAUGAGUAGGGGAACCGGCGGGGCUUCAGCCCCAAGGACAUCUCCAGCCUCAGGCUGGCAGGCCUCAUGGCUCUGACAAUGAGUACUUCUUGCUGAAACCUUCCCUAUGACGGUGUGAGUGUUGUCGGUCCCAGACCCCAACUCAGUGUACUGUGCACUGCCCCGUAAGAUCCAACAGCCGCAGGCACUGGCCGAGAUUGUGCUGGCCCCGUUUUGGAAGGCUGAACGAGAUCCUCAGAGCUUGUUGGGCCUUAGUUGCUGCUGGUACACAUGUUAACCCUGAGGUGUUAAACUUUUAAAGGUUUUGGCCAGUUUUUUUAAAAUGCACAUUUAAAGAGAAACUUCUACCACUGCUUUUAAAAAAACAACAAAAAAACUUGAGAUGAACAAUGUGUGUUGUACAGUUAUACUCAGAUUAAUAAUCUCAAUCAUAUGUAUUGAUUUUUUUCAGACAUUUAAUAACCACUACAUUUUUUUUUUUUUUUUGCAUUAAUGGAAUUUGGAUGUCUGUGUAAAAGGGACUAAGUAUUUUUUGCAACUGCCUGUUUUUUUGUUUGUUUAUUUCCUUUUUGGAUAGUGGUAUGUCCUGGGUUGCUGUAGACUUAUACAUUCUAUUGCCUAAAUGUAUGUGUAAAAUGAGCUGAUACACCAGAGUGCUACUUUUUAAAAAAAUAUUUGUUAUUUAUAAGAUAUAUAGGCUUUCUGUGUUAAUACGGCCUUAUGCACAAUGUUUAAAAGAAAAAAAAAUUAGAAAAGUUCCUCCAUUCCCCAAAGUCUGUGACAUAUUUCAUAUACAGUUUCUGUAGAGUAACUCAACUAGUAUCAGCAUAGAUUGACCCUGCGAGGCCUAUGAUCAGUUUCCCUUUUCUGUUGCCUGAGAAAGCGCCAUGAGGAAGUAGGGCUUAAUUAAGAGGCCUGAUUGUUUAACUGGAAAGUAAGGUAAUCAUGGUUCAGCUAUGAAUUGAGGUGGUCAGUAGAUUUAUACUUGUUCUGUUACUGUCCAUGGUGGAGAAGAAAGGAUGAGGUGCUGGUCCUGCCCUUGCCCCAGCAUACCAAUUUCAGUCACAGUCUUGCCUAUAAUUGCACUUAAAAUCUCAAGAUCAUGUACAAAAGAUGUUGAAUCAAGCUUCUGUUUUUUUUCAGCUAUGGUACUGACCAGCCAUGGACUGGGGAAUAUUUUAUGAGUCCUGCAUUGGCCUCAGGGUGCAUUCUUAUAGACAGGGCAAAGGGUCUCUCCACCUUUUUAGGAGACCUCUUGAGCACACUGGUGCUCGCUGGGCUGAGCUCAGGCUCCUGGGUGGCAGCUGCUCUGCUGGAGUGAGACAUGUUCUCUGAGCUGUCAGGUCUUAACUACCAAACUGCCGAGCCGUUCUUAUUAAAUUUUAUCCAGUAGCUUAAAUACUCGUAGCAAAUACCUAAUUUUAUUCAUUCAGAAAGUCGCCAAUUGUAAAUGCAUACAUCAGGAAGAAUAAACUUUACUGAAACAUAAUUUGCUACAUCAGUCAACAUUGUUAUACUGAAUUAGCUUUUUAACUGCCUCUUGCUCAUCACCAGAUUUAUUAUACAGUGUAUUUUUAACAGUUUUUUUUUUCCUCGAGGAAGGUACAAACCAUGUGCUGUAUACAAAUCAAAUGGCUUAAACUAAUUUGCUAUGAUUAUCUAACACAAGAAUUUCUCAAACUUAAGUGCCUAUACACUUAGGACAUUUUAAUUUUCAGUUACCUUUUUAGUGGUAUCUCACUGAAUGAUGUGUGAGAACUGUGUUCCAUUAGAGUUUUUGCCUGUGCACUAUCAACCCAAUUACCCAUUUAGUUGAGGCCGGAUUGCUCACUUCCCUUGCUAUAUUCUCUCCAGGAGUGGGAGCCCCUGACCCAUAUCCUCUACCUCAGAGCCCUGAGCCACUCAUGACCACCCCAUUCAAUGCCUCACCCUUCUCCCUGAGUGGGGUCCCUGCAUGGAGCUCAUCGUGUGGUGGUCUCCCAUUCUUCCUGAUUCCUGCUCCAUUCCUGUUGUACUGAAGGUUCCUGUGCUCAUCUUGUCCACAGGCAUUGAGUGGAGGGGGGGCCCUUGGGGUGGGGUGGGGGUGGAGAGCCUUGAUCUCCAUCUAGGUGUCUUUUAUAUGGAGAAAAAGAACACUUUUGAAGAACUAUGUAAUCAUUGAUCUAAAAGGCAAACAAACUACCAAGUUAGCAGUUACAAAUAAAUGUAAAGCUUCCAUGAGAGACACAAUUAGAGCUUAUAGGUCAGGGCUGUGAGGAAGCUCCCAGAAACAAGCUUCUGCCAGGGUGUGGGAUUGCUUCCCACAGGACAGGCUCCAGAAGAACUGGGAAUGGGGCCCGCAAGCCCGCUCCUCCUAACCUGAAGCACCAAAGCUCCUACCUCCAGCCCCACUUGCAGGCAGAGGAACAAGCAGAGGGCCAAGCACUCUGUGAAGGGAUUUGGAAGCCACAUUUUCACAUUGUGGAAGUAAUGUAGUGAACAGCUGAUUGUUUGGCCAGAUAUUAACUAUACACUCUUACUAAAUUUCCAGAUGUUAUCAUAGAUGCCUUAAAAGACAUUCUUUGGGAGAUCACUGCCUCUACAGUUCCUUUUUUGUGUGGCAUAAUUAAUAUAUUAACCUAUUACAACUGACAACAUUGGUUUUCUGUAGCCAGGGAGUCUUGAGUUGGCAGACUGCUACGACUUAUGACUUGCCCUUGUUUGGCAGAUGGGUGGAGUUGGCUGUUCCGCGACAUACCUGACUGGGUGUGCCAUGUGAGACCAUGAGGAGGGGCAGAGCAUGCAGGCACACGUUUGGGAAGAUCCCCUUGGCCUCCCGGCCAUGAGGGUGUGCUCAGUGUGGGACAAAGGCAUCGGAUAGGACCAUGGCUCUUAGCAGCAUUGUUUCUUUGGAGUCCAUGUAAUGGAAAUGUAUUUUUCAAAUAUUGAUAUUUGCAUUCUCUGUAACAGUUCCUUAUAAUAAAAUGGUGUAAAAUUGUGUGUUUAAAGUGGAAACUUUUUAA